AUGGGAGUCAUUCGAGGCCCCAGCUUGGCGCCCCUCGCAGGGUCCUCUGCCACCGCCUCGACCUCCAAAUCUGCUGCAACGUCUAGCGCUGCUUCGACUGCCCAGUCGACCACCAACGAUGCUGCAUACGCCUACGCUUCCUUGACGUUUCAAGAAGUGCUGGAAGACUUGUCCUCGCGAUUUAUCGUCAAUCUGCCCGCAGAGGAGCUGAGCUCCAUCGAGAGGAUCUGUUUCCAGGUCGAACAGGCGUGAGUUGGAGCUGAGGAGUGACAGGAAGGGAGGUAGCGCUGCAGCGCAUGCUGGACCAGAGACACGGCGCUUUCAUGAGCGCAGAUGCAGACCAGGAAGCAGACCGAGACUGAGAGUGCCUGAUUGCUAUCGCCACGCCUGCAUAGCCAUUGGUUCUACGAAGACUUUUUGCGACCUAUCAAUCCCUCGCUACCCUCGCAAGGCCUGCGGCGCUUCAGUGGUUCUCUGCUGCAGGCCUCUGCACAGACCGUGCCUUUGAUCCAGCAGUACACCUCGGGAGGUGCUCUGGAUGCCGUCUUUGACGAUUUCAUGAGGUACAAGACGAGGGUGCCGGUCUGCGGCAUCGUUCUCCUCAACACGACGUGGGACAAGGCGAGUGUUCAUUUAUGGACGCGCGCUACAGAAUCUGUCGGUGCUGAUGUGAUAUGUCUGUUUCUGCAAUGCCGCAGUGCUUACUGGUCAAGGGCUGGAAGUCAUCAUCCGCCUGGGGCUUCCCCAAAGGCAAGAUCAACCAAUCGGAAUCGGAACGAGAUUGCGCUGUCAGGGAAAUGCUGGAAGAGACGGGCUUCAAUUGCGAUGAGCUGCUGCCCAGCAACAGCGCUGAGUACAUGGAACUCACUAUGCGAGAGCAAAGAAUCAGACUUUACAUCGUUCCAGGAAUUGAAGAGGACACGAGAUUCGAGACUCUGACUAGAAAGGAAAUCUCAGUGAGUGCCGCAUAGCAGGCUUCAAUAGCAGCGUGACAAGGUCGUUUGCACGGCAUGGUUUGCCAAGCAUUUGUGCGAGGUGCACAACAACUAACGUUCUAGCUCGACUCUUGUGACGCCCACGCAGAAAAUCGCGUGGUUCAAGCUCUCGGAUUUGCCGACGUGGAAGAAGCACAAGGAGCCUGCCGCAGGACUCGGUGGCAAAUUCUACCUUAUUUCGCCUUUCGUAGGCAAGCUAAGAGCGUGGAUUCAGGAUCACAAGCACGCUACCUUGGGCGGCGAUGUCUGGGCAAAGAGCGAUCCGCUCGUGGAGAGCGAAAGAGUGGGCACACCCACCGCGCCCAGGGCCCAUCGGCCGCCAGCAGGAGCGCCGACAGGGCCUCGCGCGCAGAGGAACGGCAAGGGCAACUCGCCGGCGACGAUGAGAGACAGCAUGGAGGAAAAAGCCGUGAUGCGCUUAGAUCCUAGCUUGCUCUUUGGAGAUGCUAGUCAAAGCGCUACUCCUGCCUCCGCAAUUCCCCCCACAGGUCAGGUCAUUUCUUCGAAUGGUACUGGGCCAAGGCAAGACGGAGGCCUGCUUGCUUUGCUCGGUGUGGCGCCGCCUCAGUACGAUGUCAGUGCCGGCACUAGUAAACAGGGCAGCGGCCCUGGCUGUGGUGUGACAGGCAAAGGAGUGGAUAUGAUAAACGCUGCAGGUGAUCAGAGAGGCCGCGAACUGCUCGAUCUUUUGCGCGCUGACAGCGGUGCAUCGGGUCAUGGGACGCGGACUCAGCCAGGAGCGCCCGCUCAAGAGCUCGACGAGCGGGAGCAAGGCACGCAAGCGCUGCUCGCCGCCCUCAACCUGGGCCCUUCUGCAAGUGCUGGACAGAAUGCAGCAGCGCCAGCGCUGCCUUCAACGACCUCUCCAUCGAGUGAGACUGUCCGACGGCAUCGCGCUGAACCAUCGGCGCUGUUGGCCCUUUUGCGAGGAGAGGUUCCCCCGAGCCGGACGGACACGGGUCUUGGGACACCGCAACCAAAUGCGCUAGCUGACAAAGCAUCUGGAGGGAAUAGCACAGCUACACCUCUACCUGCACCACGAGCUCAAAACACGGCUCAUGCUCAGAGCCUCCUCAACAUGAUCGCAGCCAAGAGCUCCUUCUCUUUGCCGGGUCCGUCAGGUCCAAGCGAUGCACGUGCAGAACAACCCGUCUCUCCUUAUCCCGACAGCGUGUAUCCACACUUGGAGCAUGCAGACCCUUUUGGCCAGGCGGCAUCGAGUCAAGAAGAAGCCGCACGGGCAGUCAAGAGAGAGGCUUUGCUCGCUCGGCUUGUGCAACCUGCAACCUCACAGGUACAAAGCCACUCCCAGCCAGCUGGUAAUCACACAGCACUGCCGUCCGAAAUGCAGAGCCCUUCUGCCCCAGACUUGGACCUUUCCAGCGUCGAUCCCGCGCUACUUGCCAAAGCUCUCGGACUCCCAUGGCCUCUGCCGCCGCACCUCGCAGGCGCCAAUCCACAAGAAGCUCAUCAGGGCCACAUUGUACAGACGCCAACCAAAGCUGCGUCGACACAAGCCAGGAACCCCGUCUCCCCACACGUCCAAGAAGCCAGCAACUGGUUGGCUUCGCUGCAGGCUCAAGCGGCGCGACAAGCGCCUCAGAAUCAGACUGAUCAGCCUUCGUCGAAUUUGCAUGAAAGCAUGCCGACGCACCAGCUCCAUCCCCAGAUGUUGCCACCUUUGCCUCCUCCGCCUCACAUCUCUCAGCUGCAAGCCUCACUACCAAUGAUGGAAGCGCGUGCGCAUGGAGCGGACUUUCGGAGCGCCCCUCUUCAACAACCACCGCAACACCUUCUGUCGCCGCACCACGGCCCAGCAAUGCCAAAUGCGACUCAUGUCUCGCUUCAACGUCAGCCACCUCUUUCCACCGGAGGAGGAGCUCAAGCUCAAGGCGUCGGAGAAUUUAGAUUUCCUGCGCCCGGUAAUCUGACCGAGGGCCCCAAGUCGGUCGAGGCGCCGAAGGCUCUGAGCCCCUCUGCUGCACCUCGGCAACACUCGGUUAGUGGAGGAGCCAGCGAUUUGCUGGCGUUGCUCAACGGAGGCUCGAAUGCUUCUGCUUCAACAUCGCACUCUCCCUCUGCUCCUCUUGCACCCGCAACAGCGACAUCACACUUGCCCUUGCAUCUGUCUUCUCCCUAUCGGCACCCACAGCCGCCACCGUUUGCGCCGCAAUGGUAUAGUGUAGCGCCGCCUCCGCCUCCUCUUUCAUCGCAUCCUCAACCUCCACCUGCGCCUUGGCACCAUCCUCCGCCUCCAGCCCGAGGAAUGCUACCGCCUUUCGGGCUUUCUCCUGGAACGCAGCCACCGCCCGUCUACGCCAUCAACAGUCAGCCCGCUCCACCCGGCGAGCCUGACUUCGGCCCAUCUUUUGCUGGUCAACCUCCAAGGACGCACGGCUAG